AUGCUUGACAGUCCGGAUAGGUAUAAGAUGUUCAGGCUGAAGAAUAAGGAGUUCACCUUUGAUGUAGACCUUUCCACUCUUCCUUGUGGCCUGAAUGCAGCCUUGUACUUCGUUGAGAUGGACGAGUUUGGUGACCGCAGCGGCAACAACCCGGGCGGUGCCAAGUACGGCACUGGCUAUUGCGACGCGCAGUGCCCGCGGCACAUGAGGUUCAUCCGUGGCGAAGCCAACCUGAUAGGCUGGGAGAAGCUGCUCAAGAGAGAGAACCCGGAUGGCCAGAUCAUUGUGGGCGGACAUGAGGGUAAGUAUGGCUACUGCUGCGCUGAGCUGGACCUUCUCGAGGCCAAUCGUGAUGCCGGGGUCUUCACAUCCCACCCCUGCAACCGUGAGAGGCAAACGAUUUGCGAGGGUAAAGAUCAAUGUGGCCACAAGGGUGAGGGAAAGCUUGGGAUUUGUGACAAGGAUGGUUGCGGCUUCAGUGACUACCGCAUGGGCAACCCGCAGUUCUGGGGUGCCGGCCAGAAUUUUGCUGUGGAUACAUCAAAGCCCAUGACGGUCGUCACACAAUUCCUCACCCAUGACGGCACCGACCAUGGUGACCUCGUUGAGGUCCGCCGCUUCUACGUGCAGAACAACCAGGUGGUUCAGAACUCUGAGACCACUCUCUUGCCGAACGGCGGUGACUCUUUGACGGAUGCUAUGUGCAAUGAGCAGAACCAUGUCUUCAAGCAGAAGACGAACGGCCACAGGGAUCUGGGUGGUCUAAGGGCCAUGGGUGAGGCUAUGGAUCGUGGAAUGGUAUUGUCAAUGUCUAUUUGGGACUCUGACCUCGACCGCAUGCUGUGGCUUGAUGGCGAGAAAGCUCGCUUCGACGAGGACAUGAGCCAGCCUGGCAUCAGGCGUGGUCCUUGCCCCUUCCAUUACGGCGACCGUGAGGACAACCUGCGCCACGCUGAGCAGCAUGGCCCCAUGUCCGUCACCUUCACGAACAUCAGGUACGGCGACCUGGGUUCGACAAUCUCUUUAGUGUGA